AUGAUUCUGGAAAGUGAGAGUAUGAUUCCAACCUCAACUCCAUUAUUUGAUUAUAUUGGAAGGGUAUUGAUAGAACAGUUAAAAUAUAAUUUAUUGGAUGUCGUUCAGUCAUCAGUUAUUAGAAAUAAUGU